AUGCAAAUCCUCUUCAGUGGAGCAGUAUACAGUGGCAUGGCUGGAAGGAAAGAUCUCCCUCCUGUAAGAUGUGACCUCCAAGUGAAAAGGAACAACAGUGAACAUCGUACCAUUGGCCUAAGCACAGAGGCGCGCCUGUUUCUAAGACGGGGACAGGAAUUUAUGAUCACAUUACAGUUUCGAAACCAAACUCUAAGACAGGAGGAUCUGAGCAGAUUCAGUCUCAUUGUAAAAACAGGUCCCAAACCUUCAAAACAGGAUGGAACUAAGAACAGUUUUCCUAUAUCCAGCCUUAGUGACAGGAAGACAUGGAGUGCCCGGGUCGUUGAUUUUAGAGAAGGCUUGUGGAAAGUGUGUGUCAACUCACCAGUGAAUGCGAUCAUUGGAUACUACACAAUGUCAAUCAAAAUCUCCAGUGGAGUAAUUGAAAACUUGGGGGAGUUCAUGAUGCUUUUUAACCCUUGGUGUGAGGAUGAUCCUGUGUACCUGCACAAUGAAGCUGAAAGGCGAGAGUAUGUCCUCAGUGAAGAUGGCAUUAUCUAUCUUGGCACAGAAAGUCAUGCUCAGCCCCAGCCUUGGCACUUUGGUCAGUUUGAGGAGGACAUACCUGAAAUAUGCAUUUGGCUCCUGGACACAAACCCACGCUAUCAGGAAACACCAGAAAAGCACUACAUCAAGAGAAAUGAUCCUGUCUACAUCUGCCAGAUGAUAGGCGACAUGAUUGGCCAAAAGGAUGAUGAAGACAGAGUUGCCUUCAUGUGUGGGAAUGAAAUACUGUCCUAUAAAUGGAUAAGCAGUAUCCCAGUGCUGCGCCAGUGGUUCCAAAAAGGGAGUCAGACAGUAUAUGGACAACACUGGGUGUUUGCAGCAGUGCUGUGUACAGUAUUGCGCUGCCUGGGGAUACCAACUCGGAUUGUCACAAAUUACAACUCAGCUCAUAACACAGAAGAAAGUCUGCGGAAGGAUGUGUAUUACAAUGAGAAUGGGGCAAGGAUUCACAGAUCUAGGCUUGACAGCAUAUGGCACUUCCAUGUAUGGAAUGAAUGCUGGAUGGAGAGAAAAGAUCUCUUUAAGGGAUUUGGUGGCUGGCAGGUUCUUGAUGCCACUGCACAGCUGAAAUACAACGGAGCCCUAUAUUGUGAUGGUCCUGCCCCAGUGAGAGCCAUCAGGGAAGGCUUUGUAGACUUAAAUUAUGAUACGAAGCUCAUCUAUGCCAAAGUGGUCACAGAUACCGUGACUUGGGUGCGAAACUCAGAUGGAUUUUUCAAGAAGGCUUUCAGCAGCACAAGACACGUCGGUGAUGGAAUGGUCACAAAGAGUGUGGCAUGCAACCUUGAAGAUGAUCUCACCUAUGAAUACAAGCACCCAAAGGGUUGUCAGGAGGAAUAUGAAGCUGUUCAGAGAGCCAAACUGCUAAUGCUGAAAACUGAGCAACCCAGUGAGGACAAUCCUAUGCUCCUGAGUCCCUUCCUAGUAUCAAUUAUACCCCAGAGUGGUCAACUGUCUGGAAAUUAUAUUAGUGUCAGUGUGACAGUGACCAAUGUGAGUGAAGAGGAAACGGACCUGGAGCUGGUUAUUGGUGCCCAGCCUGUACAUGACUACGGCAUAACUGGAGCUCAGUUCUGGAGUGAGAAGUUCUAUUUCCAUCUUACUUCAGGGGAAGAGAGAAGUGUCUCUGGACGGAUUGAUCCCUCGCUGUAUGAGACGGUUCUGCUGGACAAUAACCUGCUGAGAGUGACUGCUCUAGUAAAGGAACCAAAAGACCACACCAGCAGCUUUGCCUUGGCUGAACAAGAUGUGACUAUCUGCAAACCAAAUCUAAUGAUACAGAUUCCAAAGGUUGCUGUGGAGUUUCAGCCAGUCACUGCAAUGUUGACUUUAACCAAUCCUCUCAAGGAGACCUUGAAGAAAAUUGUGAUAAGAGCAACAGGCAAAGGACUUCUAUAUAAGGAAAGGAUAUACAGAUGUAAUGAUGUUCUUCCAGAGGGCGACUUGAUCUACCCACUUACCUUCACUCCAACACAAUCGGGAGACAGAAGACUGUGUGUGCAGAUGCAGAGUGACAAGCUGGGGCUCAUCACCAGCUUCCAGAAUCUGGAGGUGUUACCCAGCAAUGUUGAAGAAUGGUCCGUCCAUCACUGGGAGGUAUUCAAAAAAUUCGCAGAAAGCUCUAAUUCUGCAGAAGACGCAGAGUCCGGCACUCCCAUCAGCCUCAGCAUUCACACAGAAGGUGUGGCUUAUUAUGGACACGACAUCCCUUUUUCACUGGAAGUCUCCAAUAAAAGCGAAGCACAGAAAUCCCUUUAUGUUUAUCUUACUGCAGAAUAUGUUGAUGAGGAUGGAAAUGGUAGCAUACAUUUCUGGCAAGAAAGCUUUGAUGUGUCUCUCCAGGCAAAAAAAGGCCAUCAAAUUCAAACUCAGAUUCCUCUACAACAGUAUGCAGUUUCCCCAGUGGAAAGCAGCGUGGUGCGACUUACUGGUCUUGUAAAAGAUAUUACCAGCACAUAUUGUUUAAGCAGGAAGGUGAUUCUGCAUAAACCCCAGAUUGUGAUCAAGAUGCCUGAGGAAGCACCUCAAUACAAGCCCAUAACAGCAGUAAUCACAAUCACAAAUCCCCUUGAGGAGGAACUAGAGAACUGCACUGUGACAGUAUCUGGAGAAGGCCUUAUACACAAAGAAAGAUCCUACAAAUGUGAUAACAUUGAUCCAGGAAGUGAACGAAGUUGCAGUACCAUCUUUUCUCCAACUCAUACAGGUCUGCUGAAAUUUCGCACGAAAUUCAGCUGCAGGCAGUUCAAAGAAGUCACAGGCUGCCACUGUGUGGAUGUCCAGCCGUACAGAAAAUUCUUCACCAAGAGAACGGGAAAAGCAAUUUAG